CCCCAUCCGCUCCGGCUGCCGCGCUUGCGCCGCCGCUACACGGGGCUCGGCUCGCCAUGUCGGCUUCCUCCUGCUCCUCCACGGCCGCACUGCGGCCGGUCACUCACCUCAUCUUUGACAUGGACGGCCUGCUGCUGGAUACUGAACGUCUCUAUACAUUGGUAUUUGAAGAGAUAUGUGGGCGUUUUGGAAAGACCUAUACUUGGGAUAUAAAAUCAUUAGUCAUGGGUAAAAAAGCACUAGAAGGGGCACAGAUUAUUCGAGAUGUUCUAGAUCUUCCAAUAACCAAAGAGGAAUUACUACAUGAAAGUAAAAUGAAGCAGGAGAAGAUAUUCCAUACAGCUGAAUUGAUGCCAGGGGUCAAUAAACUGAUCCAACAUUUACACAAACACAACAUACCAAUAGCUGUUGCCACUAGCUCAGCUGAAGUGACAUUUCAGAUGAAAACAUCCAGACACAAAGACUUCUUCAAUCUUUUUCAUCAUAUUGUGCUGGGAGAUGACCCUGAGGUGAAGGGUGGCAAGCCACAGCCUGAUGCAUUUCUAGUUUGUGCAAAGAGAUUUCACCCUCCUGCACCUCCAGAGAAGUGUCUUGUGUUUGAAGAUUCACCGCUUGGAGUCAAAGGAGCACUGGCAGCAGGAAUGCAAGUGGUUAUGAUUCCAGAUGAAAAUUUAAGUCCUGAUCUUAAAAAGGAGGCGACUCUACUGCUCAAUUCCAUGGAGGACUUUAAACCAGAGCUUUUUGGUUUACCAGCAUAUGAUUAAUGCCUAAUGUCUCUGUUCAUAAGCUUGACUGGAGUUCAGGAAACCAGAAUGAAAUCUUGUUAAGAUUUUAUAAUUGCUUUGUUUUGUCUCUCUUUCUUAAAUCUAGAGCAAAUAAAUUCUGUUAAAACUG